AUGUCUUCACGGUUCCCUUUUAAACAUCAACAAGAAUUCAAUUUUUCAUUUUCAUCAUCAACUUUCUCUUCUUCUCCAUCAAAUAGCAUUGAAACAAUAAGAGUUGAAAAUCUAGUGAUUGGAAGUGGAGUUGUUGGAUUGGCUAUUGCUGCCAGAUUAUCUAGAGAAGCCAACAACAGCAAAUCAUCAAGUGUUUCCAAGUCGGAUUAUCAAACUCUUGUUGUGGAGAGAAAUUCAUUCAUUGGCAUGGAAACAAGUGCUCGGAAUAGUGAAGUUAUUCAUGCAGGAUUGUACUAUGAACCAGAGAGUUUGAAAACUAAAUUAUGCAUCAGGGGAAAUUCAUUAUUAUAUGAUUUUUGUGAAGAAUUUAAUAUUCCCUAUAGAAAUAUUGGCAAGUUUAUUGUUGCCAAUUCGAGUAAUGAUCACGAUGUUGAAUAUUUGAAUAGUAUGAAGAGGAAAAGUAAUGAAAAUUUUGAAAAGUAUGAUGAGAGAGGAAGAAUGAAGAAAUUAGUAUUCAUUUCAAAGGAAGAAUUGAAUGAGAAGGAACCUAAUGUUAAAAGUGAUGUGGCUCUCUAUUCUCAGAGCACUGGUAUUGUUUGCUCGGCCACUCUAAUGUCCAGAUUGUUGGAAAUGAUUCAAUCAAGUGAAAAUUCAACAUUUAUUAACAAUACCAAAGUUCACAACAUUUAUCAAUACAAUAAUAAUUUCCUUGUGGAAUUGUGCUGUAUUGGACAACAUGGUCAAAUUGAUAGAGUGAAUGUUAUUGCUGAUAAUAUUGUAAAUAGUGCUGGAUUAGAUUCUGAAAGAAUUGCAGAAUUGGCCUAUUCAGAUUUUACAAAUGGUAUGAAUCUUCCAGAGCAAUAUCAUUUACAUUAUUUCAAGGGACACUACUUCAAAUAUAGAGCUUCUCAUCAGAUUAAACAUUUAAUCUAUCCAGUUCCCCCAGAUAGUAAGGGACUUGUUCAUGGUCUUGGAACUCAUUCAACUCUUGAUUUGAAUGGAAAUUUAAAGUUUGGACCUGACAGUAAUUACAUUGGUAAAGCUAGGGAUUUAUUCCCAGAGCAAUAUUCCAAACAAAUGGUUGGAGAUGCAAAUAUGGAUACACUGUCCUAUCGAUUAUAUCCUCAUUAUAAGAUUGAUAAUGUGAACAAUGUGAGAGGACAAGCUUUCUUCCAAUCCAUCUCAAACUACAUGACAGGUUUAUCCCUAGAGAAUUUACAUGCCGAUUAUGUUGGCAUUCGACCAAAAUUACAAAAACCUGGAGACAAAUUCAGAGAUUUCAUUAUUGAAACUCUUUCUGAUGCUCUGCCAAAUAACUCUAAAACACCAACACUCUCCAAGCAGUUCAUCAACCUUAUUGGAAUAGAAUCUCCUGGCUUGACAUCAUCUCUAGCAAUUGCCAAUCACGUAGCCAAUAAUUUAUUGAAUAUUUCAAUGAGGAACAAUUUUUAA